CUUUUCCACCUUCUCCUCACUGGUGAACUUGUUUGGAAAUUGACACAUUUUAAAUGUGACACCUGUUUUCUAACUUUUUUCCUUCAAUCCAUUGGGACUCCAGGCCAGUAAGAUGUAUCUUUCCUCCCUUCUGCUGUUUCUGAGUUUGGGUGCAUUGGUAAAAUGUGCUGCUGGAAGUGACUGGUGCUAUCAUGGCUGCCCGCAAUCCCCGGACCAUUGGGCAGAGCACUCCGGUGUUUCCUGUGGAGAGAAAAGGCAGUCUCCUAUUGAUAUAGUCACCGGCAAUGUUCAGAUUGACCAUCACCUGCUUAACUUUACCUUUGUCAACUUCUCCUCUCAACACGCCAUCAAAUCCAUCGAAAACAACGGUCAUACAGUGAAAUGCAAACUGGAGGCCAAUCAAGUAGAAGUGAGUGGAGGUGGACUUAAUGGAACAUAUUCUACCAUUCAGUUUCACUUUCACUGGGGCAAUACAGAAUAUCAUCCAGGUGCAGAGCACACGAUCGAUGGGCACAGAUACCCCAUGGAGAUGCACAUAGUGAGUCUGAAGAAAGGCUUCUCGGUGCAGAAUGCCACGGAGGAUUCUGAGGGAAUUGCUGUUCUUGGCUUUUUCAUAAACGGAACUGACGAUGGAGAUAUGUCGGGACCAUGGAGCGAGCUCACAUCUUACCUGACAAACACAACAGACACAGAGGUUGAUAUGAACAAUACCAUUUCUAUCGAUGACUUGAUUGGAAAUGUAGACCUCACAAAGUUCUAUCGGUACAUGGGCUCCCUGACCACCCCUCAAUGCAAUGAAGCCGUUGUGUGGACAGUCUUUCAACAGCCAAUAAACAUCAACAAAAAUCUGGUUCAGCGGUUUCCCAUGAAGACAGGAUUCACCAAUGUUUAUCGGCCUACACAACCUCUUAAUGGUCGCGAUGUGUUUGCUUCCCCUACAACUCCUUUACCAUCCAGUCAUUCAUGGUGCUAUGAGGAGGAACCCUGUGAGUACAAGCCGUCUUAUUGGCACAAUCUGCCUCACUCGAACUGUGGCGGCGAGCGCCAGUCACCCAUCAACAUUGAGACGCUUGACACUGUGACGGACGAGCAUCUCGGUGCCUUCACUUUUACAAAGUUUGACGACAAACACGCCAUCAAGCACAUCACUAACACAGGCCACUCAGUGAAGUGUGUGCUGAAAGAGGACAUGGUGGAGGUCUCAGGGGGAGGUUUGGGAUAUGUCUACUCCACCCUUCAGUUCCACUUCCAUUGGGGCUCAAAUAAGUCUGAUGGCUCAGAGCACAAAGUGGAUUCAAAAAGAUACCCAAUGGAGAUGCACAUAGUGAACAAGAGGAAGGACUUGACUCUGGCAGAGGCACUAGAGACUCCUAACGGGCUGGCUGUGCUGGGAUUCCUUAUUGAGGAGAAGAUUGCCCACGGCCGCAGCAGUUCAGAACAUCUUGAGACACAUCCCACAUCUGAUAUGGAGGCCUGGAAAAAAAUGACCAGCUAUAUUCCAGCUAUUCAUAACAUCAGCUCAGAAGUUAACGUCACAGAUGAGAUCUCCAUUGAUGACCUGCUUGGCGGCGUUAACCGAGCUGAAUACUACCGAUACAACGGCUCCUUAACCACCCCUUCAUGCGAUGAAGCGGUGGUAUGGACAGUCUUUAAAGAGUCUGUCAAGGUGGACCAAAACCUGAUAAUGAUGUUCCCGACUCAUGCCGGAUAUCACAACGUGUAUCGGCCGAAACAGUCUCUUCAUAACAGGAAAGUCUACACCACCAAGUCAGCAUCCAGUGCCCCUGGUCCCAUCAUACUGCUGCUACUGCUGCCAUGUCUCUGUGCCUCUUCACACAACUUGCACUUGUGAGACGAUUAGCUAACUGGAAUUGCUGUGAUGAGGUACAUUGUGCUAGUUAUUUGUCUUGCACUGUUCAUUAUCAUCCCAAUAUUUGUCAGCAAAUUACUUGGAAAGUGGUGUUUCAUUGGUGAUUUACAUUUACAUACAUUUCUUGUAUGCAAUUAUAUAAUCUCAUAAUCAAGAUCACAUCUCUAGAUUUAUUUUAAAGUGGGGUACGUAUAGUUGAUAUAAGUUUAUCCUGAUUGGCUUUGCACUCUCAUAACGGGCAGGAGAAAUCAAGACUAUUUAUUAUACUAAACUAAUAAUUACUGUUGUUGACCACUGCGCA